AUGGCCGACCCAUUCGAAGUCCGCCUACGCUUCACCAGCCUCCUCACCCACCUCUCAGCAUCCACAACCUCCAGCAUGAAAACCGCAACCUACGCCCUCAAACACCGCGACAUGGACGAAGACCUGCACUCCUGCAUCCUAGAAUCCCUAGACUCAGGCUCCACAUCCAUGAACACACGCGCCAACAUCAUGUGGUUCCUCGAGCACUUCUGCGACAUGGCCAUGAAAGAAGGCAACGAAGGACACAUCCCCUACGUUGACAUGGUACGGCGGGAUAUCCUUAAAAUCGUGACAGGGGUUGUGGGUGGAGACAGAAAAGGUGGGAAUGGGAUGGGUGCCAAUAUCAAGGUUGCUAGGAAGGUCGUUGAUACGUUGAAGGUUAAGGGGGUGCUGGGAGAGGAACUCGUGCGGAACAUUGAGGCGGAUCUUAAGAAGAAGGAGUAUGAGCGGAGUAAGGGUUUGACAGAGGAAGGUGGAAAGGACGAAGAAGAAGAGAAAGCUGCGAGUCAGGGUAAGGAGAGAGACCGGAAGCAAGAGCAUAAAGACAAGUAUGCUUCCUCGAGGCCGAAGGAGAGCAAGAGUAAUGGCCACAAAGUUGAUAAACGAGCCAUUGAGCAGAGGAUUGAAGAGGACCGAGAGCGGAAUAAAAGGCUACGAGAAAGUGUAUGGGCUGUCAAUGGAGAUGAUGAGGAAGAGCUCAACAAACUCUGGGAAGAGACUAGUGAUCUGAACGACGAUGACUACGCGAUUGCCAGGGAAGAAGCUGACGAAAGGGCUCAAUUUGCUAGGUAUCAUAGAGCACUUUUGCUGGAAGCUGGUCGGUAA